AUGGCUGCCUCUCCCUCUCGAAUGUCAAUCACUAUAUCAUUCCAAUUGCUUUCCACCAUAGCAACUCUUCUCAGCAGACCUGAUCCCGAUUCGGUGAUCGUUAUUGUAGCAGUGCCUCCAUGUCCAACGGUUCUCUCAACAGCGUCCCAUUUACAUCCCAACAUUCGCUCAUUGCUCUCACCUAAUCAACGUUCAAGGCAUGGCUUGAACGAAGAAGCCGUCUGA